AGUUAUUGAGUAAAGUUUAUUUGUCGAGAUUUUCGAAGAGGGAGAGCUUUCUUCAAUUUCAAACGUCAUGGCAUGUGACAAUCAGAAUGAGGUGAAGGACGAGGUGGUAUCAGAUAUUACUCCCUUUGAUCCUACUAAAAAGAAGAAAAAGAAGAAGGUUGUUAUACAAGAUACCGUCGAUGAUUAUGGGGCUCCAUCCUAUCCUUGGGAGGGCAACACAUACGAGGAGCUUCUUGAUAGAGUGUUUAACAUUCUUCGUGAUCGCGAGAAUAACUUGGAGCUGGCUGGAGACAGGCGUGGGAUAGUUUUGAGGCCUCCACAAGUACUUCGUGAGGGCACAAACAAAACUGUUUUUGUGAAUUUCAUAGAUGAGUGCAAGAUGAUGCGUAGGGAGCCGAAUCAUGUCAUGAAUUUCUUGCUGACCGAACUGGGGACAAGUGGAUCGCUUGAUGGGCAACAAAGGUUGGUUGUCAAGGGAAGAUUUGCACCCAAUAAUUUCCAAGGAAUACUGCGCCGAUAUGUCAUUAGAUAUGUCAAUUGCAAUGGGUGUAAAAGUCCGGACACCAUGCUUUCAAAAAAGAAUCGUCUCCUCUCUCUUAAUUGCGAGAAGUGUGGUUCUGAGCGAUCAGUUGCUCAAAUUAAAGCUGGUUUUCAGGCUCGCGUGGGACCAAGGAAUGCAAGAACAUGAUCUUAAUUAGCAUGUUGUGUCGACCCAUGAUUUUACUAAGUUUAGAUUAAUUUAAAGUAAAUUAUCGCUUUUAUUCAGUUUAGCUUCUACAACAGUAAAAUUUUCUUAUGCUUAUUAGUAAUU